UUCUAUGGAAUGACAACCAGAUAAAUAAAAGCAAUCUGUCACAUUACUUCCCUGAGUACAAUGCAGAAUAAAAAAUACGUAAAUAAAUCAAACAAGUGUUGUUUAUGAUAACAGAAAAUGUCCGAGACUCCAGCACCAUCACUAAGUCAAUAUUUCGGAUCCGAAGAACAUAAACAAGAAUCAGAAACAUCAAAUGACAUUCUAGAAACGUCUAAUAGAAUAACUAACUUAAAACUUGAUGAUAGCAUUAAAGAUCAGCCGAAAAAUGAGCCAGAGGUCUGCCGGAUCUUUGCUGAGGCAAUGCCACCAGCCAAGGACUCGACUGCUGCCUUUUUCGAUCUCAUAGGUAAUUCACAUACCACAGCAACCAAUGGUUUAAUAUCAGAUCUUGGUAUUUCUACUAACAAUGAUGAUACAUUUAGUCCCAGAGCAAGUAUUACAUCGGAGGGAGAUCGAAGAAGAGAUGCUUGGAUACCAUGUGAAAGAACAAGACUUUGUUUAAUUGCAAGUGCCACUGCAACACCAGGCACUUAUUUUGUUGAAAGAGAAAUGUUGACUAUGCCUGGAGUUUUACUAGAAGAAGAUCUUGGUGACAGUGUUGGAGAAGCUGUUUCAAUGUGCCUUGGUGAAGCAGAGGCUGCUCAGAGGCGUGUUCUGACUGCAGGAGAUGUUACACAGGAUGAAAGGGGCCUUCGAGAAUUAGUACAAGCUGGAGCUUACAGGGCGGCAAUUAAUUUAACUUCGCGACUGCUCACGAUUUAUGGUCAAGGACGAGGUAGAUCUGGAUUCCAGACGAAACACUCGCCACACUCGUUACAACUUUGGUUCACAAGAAUAGCACUUUUGGUGAAAACAAAAGCCUUUAAUGUUGCUCAAGCUGAGGCAGAACCUUUUGGUCAACUGGAUAAACCAGAUAUUUAUUAUCAGUUUUAUCCGGAAAUGUAUAAAGGUAGACAGGGAUCAAUAGCAACGUUUUCAUUUCGUUUGUUAUUAGGGGAGUUGCCAAUGCACUGCGGAAAACCAAAGGAAUCCCUUACAAAGUUAUUUAAUUUACUCGCAGUAGUGAGACAGAUUUUAAAUAAUUUGAAACAUGGUCUAUGUGAAGAUGGAAAUCCAAUGGAAAUCACUGAGUCAGACAGGAGUGAUUCUGUAAAAUUGUGGACAGGGAGAGAGGCUAGAGUUAUGCAUUCUAUAAUUAAUUGUGGUUUGGCUUUAAAAGAUUAUGAAUUGGCCAUGGAUAUUCUUGGACAACUGAUUGAGAGGGACCAUGCGCCGAAGUACACAUUGUUAUCCGCCUUAGGUCGAUUACACCUGCAAUUGGGCGACAUAGCCGGCGCGGAGGUCUGUUUUAACGAAGCGAGGGAACUACGUGAAGGACCACCUGGCAUUCGUGAACUAGUGGACAAAGGUCUCUUAGCUGUAGCUCAAAACUGCUUUGAUGAAGCUUACACUGCAUUCCAACAGGCCAGCACUUUAGAACCUUCCAACAUAAUGAUAUUGAACAACAUGGGCGUAUGCCUUCUCUAUGGAGGCCACCUAAAAGAUGCAAUUGCCGUGCUUGAAACCGCGGUUUCCUCUAAUCCUGUGCAUGCUUUGCAAGAAUCACUACUGCUGAACCUUUGCACUCUCUAUGACAUGGAGUCGUCCAAAGGCCGGAUGAAGAAGUGGGCACUGUUGAGGCAAAUUUCCCGUUACCAGGCUGACGCGCCCACGUCCAUUCUGGAAAAAUUAUAUGGCUAGUUGGUGUUCACAUUCUGUGCACUCAUGUCUGUGAUGCAUUUACACAUUGAGUUUCCUUGAAGAUCUCUUUAUUCCUAUGGAAAAGCUUAAGAAUGUUGCAAGUGGCACUGCUUUAAUGUUAUAUGUUACAACACUAUACAGUGAAAAAGGAAUCCUCAUGUCCCAUUGAAAGUGCUGCAAUUACGAGGAAUAUGGGAAAGAAAACAUAUAUUUGCAUAUACAUUUUUCCAUAAGUUAACAAUGGAUUAUUUAGUAUAUAUUACAAAAUUUUUAUACAGUAAAAUGCACUGUUUGUUGAACAUAACGCAGGACUAUCGGCAAACUUUUAUGUCUAAAACAUAUUUUUCAAUAUAUUAUAUCCUUUUAUUUC